UUGUGUAAUACGUGAAGAAAGCUAGAAUGCUGCGGUGUGGAGUGCUCUGGGCUCUUGGUGCCGUGUGUCGGUACACCAGAAGGGUGCAAGGGCGUGCCUUCAGCUCGGAGCCCUGGCCCCGGGAAACAGUGGACAGGUUCGGGGGUGUCAUUGUUCGGCUUCUCCCCACACAGCACCGGGACGAGGCGGCUUCCUUCAGCAGCUGGCUGCGGGAUUCCAUUCAGAGAUGGAAGGAAGAAGGCAGGAUUGCAGUGUGGUUGCACAUUCCAAUCACUUUAAGUGGACUGAUAACCUACGCUGCCUUGGAAGGAUUUCAGUUCCAUCAUGCAGAAAACGACACCUCUACAUUGACUCUAUGGUUAAAAGGGUUAACAGAAGGUCCCAGCAGGCUUCCUGGAUAUGCCACGCACCAAGUCGGUGUUGCAGGUGCUGUUUUAGAUGAGGACACUGGCAAAGUACUUGUUGUACAGGACAAAAAUAAGACUCUAAAUGCAUGGAAGUUUCCAGGAGGAUUGUCUGAUCCAGGAGAAGAUAUUGGAGCCACAGCAGUUCGAGAAGUUCUAGAAGAGACUGGCAUUAAGUCAGAGUUUAAGUCUCUCCUGAGCAUAAGACAGCAGCAUAAUCACCCUGGGGCCUUUGGAAAGUCAGAUAUGUACAUUAUAUGUCGUUUGAAGCCAUUGUCUUACAGCAUAAACUUCUGCCCUCAUGAAUGUGUGAGGUGUGAAUGGAUGGACCUUCAGGAGCUUGCCUACUCAAGUCAUAAUACACCCAUAACCAGCAGAAUUGCUAAGCUGUUACUAUAUGGUUAUAAGGAAGGCUUGCAUAAUAUUGACCUCACUGUGAGGACAUUCCCAGCUGUUUAUUCAGGUUUCUUCUACUCUCUGUACCACAAGGAAUUACCAGGUUCUUAUGAAGCAAAAACUGAUCUCCAGCAAGCUUCACAUUGAAACAGUGUUAUGAUUAUU